AUGGCUCUAUCUCACGCGACCCUCGCAGGAAUUGUACUGUUGUGUGCUCUUCUCUACAAAUAUGUCCUGUAUCCUGUCUUCUUCUCUCCCCUGUCGAAGAUUCCGAAUGCGCAUCCAACCGCGCCCAUAUCACCACUCUGGAUCAUCUGGAAACGGUUCAGAGGCCAGAACAACCGAACUAUCCAUGCCGCCCAUGAAAGGCUGGGUCCAAUCGUGAGACUCGGGCCGUCUGAGAUUUCGAUUAACUGUGUCGACGGUGGUAUCAAGACGGUGUAUGGGGGUGGCUUCGAGAAGCAUGACUGGUAUCCGAGGGUUUUCGGGUCAUACGGAACAGUCAGCAUGUUCACGAUGACCGGAAGCAAGGAGCAUUCUGCCAGGAAAAGGAUGCUGUCGAAUAUAUAUUCCAAAUCCUAUCUGCAGUCCUCGCCCGCCUUGAAAGUCAUAUCUCGAACCAUGACAUAUGACCGCUUUCUUCCGAUUCUGCACGAAGCUGCAUCUUCCGGGUCGCCGCUCGACAUUCACGACCUUAAUCAGGCAUUAACUAUGGAUUUUGUUUCCGCCUACCUCUUUGGUCUUCAAAAUGCGACCAAUUUUCUGCAGGAUCUACCAACACGGAGGUUUCUGCUGCACAACUAUCAAUGCAGGAAGCCUUUUGAGUUUUAUUACCAAGAAGUUCCCGGUCUUGUCACUCUGAGCAGGCGUCUUGGGAUUCCCGUCAUUCCAAAGUGGUGUGAGGAAGCAGGGAGGGUGAUGGAUGAGUGGAACCUGGACCUUUGCGACAAGGCCGAGAAAUCUCUCAACGAGACGGAGCCGCAUUUAGAGCCGACCGUGUACAAGCAGCUGAAACGAUCCAUGAUGAAGCAGCUGCAAGCAGAGAAGGAUGAUCCAGAGCGAAACGCUGAGACCAUGAAGCAGCAGCGGUUGGACAUCGCCUGCGAGAUGUUCGAUCAACUCACAGCCGGCCACGAGACCAGUGCUGUCGGUCUCACUUAUCUGUUCUGGGAGCUUUCCAGGCACCCUGAUCUCCAGGAAGAACUCCGCAAAGAACUGAAAACACUAUCCCCUCCCAUCGUGUAUCCCCCCACACCCGAGUCAUCGGGUGAACUUCCCGAGCCCAAGAAGAUCGACUCCUUGCCUCUUUUGCAGGCCAUCGUGAUGGAAACCCUGCGACUUCACGCCCCGAUCCCGGGGAUUCAGCCUCGCAAGACACCAUAUCCUUCGACAACGCUGGCUGGAUACGAGAACAUACCUCCGAACAUCAGGGUCAAUGCGCAAGCUUACUCACUACACCGCAAUCCGGACGUGUUUCCUGACCCUGAAUCGUGGCAGCCCCGUCGGUGGCUGAGGGAAUACAACUCGCCGGAGAUGGAGGAGAUGAGACGAUGGUUCUGGGCGUUUGGAAGCGGCGGGCGGAUGUGCGUGGGGAGCAAUCUCGCUUUGCAGGAAAUGAAGCUGGCAACUGCGGCCAUCUACAGCAACUAUUCGUCAAGUAUCGUCGACGAUGAGGGCAUAGAGGCCAUUGACGCUUACACGGUCAAGCCUACGAGCAACAAGUUGAUCCUAAAGUUUGAGCAUGUGUGA